CGGAUCACCAAUCACGGAAAGAGCCGAAGAUGUUGGCUCGGUCAUGUGAUCAGCUGUGUCCAAUCACAGCUGAUCACAUAUCAUCAGGGCACGGAUCAGUGCCACCUGUCAGUGUCCAUCAGUGCCUUAUGCCAGUGCUCAUCAGUGCCACAUAUCAGUGCCUACCAGUGCAUAUCAAUGCCACAUAGUGCCCAUCUGAGCUGCCUUUCAGUGUCACCCAUCAGUGCCACCUAUCAAUGCCAGUCAGUGCCGCCUGUCAGUGCCCAUUAGUGCCACCUACCAGUGCCUCCUCAUCAUUGCAGCCUACCAGUGCCCAUCAGUGCAGCCUCAUUAGCGCACAUCAGUGAAGGAGAAAAAUCACUUAUUUACAAAAUUUUAUAA